AUGGAAAAUAUUGACCCAAACAGCGAUCUUAACAACUCUACCGUACAAAGGGCAGCCUUAUACAAUGUUACAAACACAGUUCUGUCUCAAGAUUCAAAUUCCCUAGGUGAUUCCCAUAUCAGAAACACUUUAAAACCUUCCUUAUCACUAGCAAAAAAAGAAGGAAGUAGAAUUCCUCAAUUUGAUAAAUCGAGAUUAUUAACUACUACAAAAUUUAUCGAUAAUGAAAAUACAGAAUUACGCCACAUCACAAGAAGAUUAACUAAUUCCAAUAAUACAAAUUCCACAACCACACAUGACUCCAAUGAUAAAGAAAAUCAAUCAAUCAAUAAUUCAUUCACUAAUAUUUCCAAAACUCAAGAUAUUGCAACUGGAUCAAGUGCUUCGAAUGGUAUUCCACAUAUUACAAAAACCUUAUCUAUUAUUAGAGAGGAAGAUCUACCACAUUCACACCAAAUACAAAUUCAACCUUCACAACAACAUACAUUGGAACAACCCAACUUAAAUCCAGACUCGAACUCUAAUAAUACCAUGCUUCAAUCCACCAAAUUGUUAAAUAAUUCUAGCUCGAACAUUAAAAUUCCAGGCGAAAAUAACAAUAAUAACAAUAAUGAUAAUACAGGUGAUACAUGUGAUGAGGAUUUGAAUGCAAAUUCUAAUGGCGAAAUAUCUGAUCCAAAUACAAUAUCCGAUAAAGAAAAUAUUCCUCCAACUGAUAUUAACAAAAAAAGACCAAUAUCUGCCAUUGUAGAACAACAAUUACCUAAAAAGUUCAAAUCGUGUGCUGCGAAUGGCAAAGAAGAAUAUAUUUGGGAAGAUUUAGAUGCUGAAGAUGGUAAUGACCCUUUUAUGGUUAGUGAAUAUGUUCAUGAUAUAUUUGAAUAUUUAAGUAGAUUAGAAGUGUUAACCUUACCACAUAAAGAAGAUCUUUAUAAGCAUAAAAAUAUCAGACAGAAUAGAGAUAUUCUAGUUAAUUGGCUAGUUAAAAUUCAUAAUAAGUUUGGAUUAUUACCAGAAACACUAUAUUUAACAAUAAAUUUAUUAGAUCGUUUCCUAGCAAAAGAAUUGGUCCAAUUAGAUAGAUUACAACUGGUGGGAACUUCGUGCUUGUUUAUUGCAUCAAAAUAUGAAGAAGUAUAUUCUCCAAGUAUUAAACAUUUUGCUUCUGAAACUGAUGGAGCUUGCACAGAAGAAGAAAUUAAAGAAGGUGAAAAAUUUAUUUUAAAAACUUUAGAAUUUAACUUAAAUUACCCAAAUCCAAUGAAUUUCCUGAGAAGAAUCUCAAAAGCAGACGAUUACGAUAUACAAUCACGAACACUUGCAAAAUUUCUACUGGAAAUUUCAUUGGUAGAUUUUAGAUUUAUUGGUAUUUUACCUUCACUAUGUGCUGCUGCCUCUAUGUUUUUAUCAAGAAAAAUGUUAGGUAAAGGUACUUGGGAUGGUAAUUUAAUUCAUUAUAGUGGUGGUUAUACUAAAGAACAAUUAGAACCAGUUUGCAAUAUGAUAAUGGAUUAUUUGGUCAGCCCAAUCGUUCAUGAUGAAUUCCAUAAGAAAUAUCAAUCAAGGAGAUUUAUGAAAGCCUCAAUAAUAUCUGUCCAAUGGGCUUUGAAAGUAAGAAAAAAUGGAUAUAAUAUUAUGACAUUACAUGAAUAA